UUCUUGCUUGCCAAAAAUGGCGUGCAACUCAGGAACCUGCCAGUCCGGUUGUUACAGAGACUCCUCUAAUGAAGCAGAAGAACAUCCGCCUGUAAAAAUUGCAAAUGAAGCUCCAAACGACGUCGCUAACGGUAGAAAGAGCACCGAACAAUUAUCUAUCGCCGUCUGUGUUAAAUGCAAGGUUAACAAAACCAUAGCCUCCGCUGCCUCCGCCGAGGGAGGUGGUGACUUUAGCGGAGGAGAUAGCGGAAGGUUCUGUGCAGAUUGCUUCCGCAGUAACCUCUAUGGAAAGUUCAGAUAUUCUGUCACAUCUAAUGCUAUGAUUUCGCCGUCGGAUAACGUCCUUGUCGCUUUCUCCGGCGGUACAUGUUCCAGGGUGGCUCUGCAGUUUACACAUGAGAUGCAAAGCAAAGCUCAGAAGAACUAUGAUGCCAGUCCAGAUAGAGCAUUACCAGUUUUUGGUGUUGGGGUUGCUUUUAUUGAUGAAAAAGCCAUUUCUGCUGUUUCAUCUGAUGAUCUUGAUAGAGCUAUUGAGAAGCUGAAACUUAUCUUGUCAGAUUUGGCUCCACCAGUGAAACAAUUCCAUGUAGUUCCAACAGAGGCCAUUUAUUCGCUGAAAGCUGGUGAUGCAAAAGAUAGACUGAAUGAAUUAAUAAAUGCUGUUAGUGAUGUCACAGGAAAAGAAGAUCUUGUAGAGCAUCUUCGCAUGCUCUCCCUGCAAAAGAUAGCUCUUGAGCAUGGAUAUACCAAAGUUUUGCUAGGAACGUGUACAUCAAGAAUAGCUUGUCGUGUACUUGAAGCAACUGUCAAGGGCAGAGGUUAUUCUUUAGCUGCUGAUAUCCAGUAUGUUGAUGCAAGGUGGAAGAUACCUGUGGUUCUUCCCCUCCGUGAUUGUCUUAUUCAUGAGUUGAAUACGCUUUGCAGCCUUGACAGUUUAAUGACUGUAGAAGUUUUUAACGGAACACAUGCUGGUAUCAAUGGCUUGGUCUCCUCAUUUGUAAAAUUGUUGCAGGAGGAAAACCCUUCCCGGGAAAGCACAAUCAUGAGAACAGCUGGAAAGCUGACACCUUUUCAUUUCAAUAGAAUGUCAGAGGACAAUAACUAUAACGAUCAGGUGGCAUCUCAAAGGAGGCAAAAGAAAUACAACCUGAAAACUAACGAUGCCCUUCCUCCCGAGUCAUUCUGUCGUAUUUGCAGUAGUCCUCUAAAAAUAUCCACCGUCGGAACUUCAAUUAGUGUUGACAAUGCGAAAACUAGUCUCAAUGCAAUAGGGGCUGCAUGCUGUGCAAGUUGUCAGUUUCAGGUUCUUCCAGAGGACCCCUCAUCUCUGGAGCACUUCAUUUCUCUCUUGCCACCAUCAAUGGUUUCCCAAGCAGAGGAUGGUGAUCAUCUAAGUCAGAGACAGCUAAGGGAGCAAAUAGAAGACUGCUUGCUCUCGGACACCGAAGACUGAGCAUGAUCCUGCUGAUUAGUUUUGCGAAAUAUCCGACUGCUGCACUGAAACACAAAUCACGUUUUGGUCUCAAUUAACCUCUAUGUCAACUAAAGAAUUGUUUGUUACUUGAGCCCGGAGGAGCAGGGAAACAUUGAAAGACGUGGGUGUGGGUUUUGAGAUUAUGCCGAGGUUCCCAUUUCUAUAAAUAUCAGUACACCAUGUUAUGGUAGAGUUGGCCACUCGGCUGAUGCCUUGGGUACAGUGUUACAGAAAAAUUAUCUGCUACCAAAUUCUCUUUGGGUUUUCAAUCUGUUUUGUAAGUGGUGGUGUAUGUCACAGAAAAGUUUAUGUUCUUUAGGCCAACUUUUUUAACAUUUCAUGCCCUUCAGUUUUGGUUUAGCGCCUAAGCUACAUUGCAAUGUUUCUCAGACACUUUUUACAUGUUGGAAGAUCACCUGCAAGGUGAAAAUGUUAGAUAAUCCUCUCUUGUCUGUUUCAUGUAUGAAUUCUAAACUAAUGAAACACAAAUUAUACAUUACAUUUAUUAAUUCAAUACGAGUCGAUCCGCUCUUCAUAGAACAGAACAGGGGAAUUAUUACAUGGAAGUAGAAAUACACGCACUAGAUAGAAUUAAGGUUGAUCUCUCUUGCCAGAAAAGCUUAAUAGCUGGGUGUAUUUAGAUCAACCUAGUAGCAGCCGCAAAUUUCACUGGGGCAGCCCAUAGUACAUGGAUCCUGAUAAACAUUCCCCUGAUAGCUCACAGAAGGAAAAGACUUUUCUCUAUCGUCAUAAGAGCUUAUCGUUUCACUCCAUUGUUGUGUGUUGGAGGCUGAUUCAUCCAUUGAUAGCACGAUACGCGAUAAAGCUGGGUAACCAUGGUAGAAUAAAAAAGCAAUAAUUAUCAGAAUAAUAAGAACAAUGGUACUGUUUCUGGCCAUUGAUAAAAACUUCAA